CGUAGGCUGAAAUGUUGCUGAAUGCCACCUGUUCGAACGAGAUCUUCCGAGGGGACGAAAAAGACAACAAGUCAGCCGGGUCAGCUUCGGAACAGAGUGUCUCCAUCGUCCUCUCAGCCAUCAUGCCUCUCGUCAGUCGUGAUUUUGGUCAGAAAGUUUUUGAGAAAAUAACAACUGCUGUGAGUACGUUCCUGCUGAUCGGCCUCUUCUCCAUUCUGCAGUACAUAUUUGACAUGGAAUUUGGGUGCUCGUGCCGACCUGGUCUACAUCUGAAUGGUGUACUGUACCUGGUGGCCCCCCCUUUGAUCCUCACCUUCGUUGUCAACCUCACGGAGCCUUUCCACAGGAAGAAGACUUUUUCCAGCCAACGUCUUUUUUACUGCAAUCGCUACAAUAACUGCUGCACCAAUGUUUGUAAGUUGUUGGUCAAGUAUAUCAGUAUUGGUGUUGUGUGGGUGGCCACUGUUCUGUUUGAUGGAGACUGGUACUUCUGUCUGAGGACAAACUUCAACGUCUCUCAGACGGGAAUUCCUUGCAAGAAAAAUCUGACCUACGAGGAGGAGCUCAUCAAAAAGGCUUACAAGACCGACUCACUUGACUUUGGCUUUUACGUCAUCUGUGGGUUUUUAUGUCUUUGGAGCUUAAUUGAAAUGAGAAGAGUCUAAUGCAUCAGAAAGAGCGGACAGAAAUGUUGCAAAGUGUCCACCACGGACCUGUGUCCUCCCUACUACAGCGUAGCUUAUGAAGAUCUUCUGGCCAUGCAAGUGAGCAGGCAUUUGAGCGAAGAGCUACAAGAACUAGCAACAAAAAGGGCAAAAGCAAUCUGUAAGCCCUACCUUGAAGUUAUUAAAAAUCAUGAGCUGCAAUCAAACAGUAAUCCUGAUGAGAACGACGUUUUGGACGCGUGGAAGAAAAUUUCAGCCUUUGAUUUCUACUUGAUGGAAAGAAUAGAAGAGGAUUCACAAACAGGACAAAGAGGAGAAACAGAAGAAACAGGACAAAGAGAAGAAACAGAAGAAACAGAAGAAACAGGACAAAGAGAAGAAACAGAAGAAACAGGACAAACAGGACAAAGAGAACAAACAGGACAAACAGGACAAACAGGACAAACAGCACAAACAAGACAAACAAGACAAACAAGACAAACGGGACAAACAGGACAAACAGGACAAACAGAAUAAGUGCCAUUACAUUCAGAAGCUCCAGAGCAGAUGCUGGGGGGAGUGAAGUCUUCUUCCCCUUGUUAGGGAUAGCACCAUCUGAAGGGGGAACAGACUUUGCACGAGACAUCUCUGCUUAAAUACAACUUCACUCAGAGAAAUGUGAAUGAGUUUGUGGUGGAAAUUAUAUUUUGUAACUGUAUCUUACAAUAAUAUAUUAAUGUUAUGAAUAUGAUUGUAGUAUAAAAAAGUGUAGGCGGCACAGUGGUGCCUUGGUUAACACUGUCGCCUCACAGCAAGAGAAUUCCAGGUUCAAACCCCAGUCUGGGCUCUUCUUCUCCUGUGCGGGUUUUCUCUGGGCACCACAAUCUCAAAAACAUGCACAUUAGGUUAACUGGCUUCUCUACACUAAUGUAUGGAUAUAAAAAAUUCUAUUUAAUUAUAAUUACUUGUCCAUGCUGCAACAGUUUUCAAAGAUUAUCGAAAAGUUGUCUGUUUUAAAAUGUCAUGCUUUUUUGGAAAAGAACAAGAAGAACGGUUCAUUGAAUUGAUUGAAAAA